AUGGCAGCUCCUCAUAAUGCAUCGAACCUUACCUCAAACUACACGAACCAGUUUGUGCAGCCGCCAUGGCGCGUCGCCCUCUGGUCUGUCGCCUACAGCUCGGUGCUGGCCGUGGCCGUGUUCGGCAACCUCAUCGUCAUUUGGAUCAUUUUGGCUCACAAGCGCAUGAGGACGGUGACCAACUACUUUUUGCUCAACCUGGCCUUCUCCGACGCCUCCAUGGCCGCCUUCAACACUUUGAUCAACUUUGUCUACGCCACCCACGGGGAGUGGUACUUUGGGCAGGCUUACUGUAAAUUCCACAACUUCUUCCCGGUCACGUCCGUGUUCGCCAGCAUUUACUCCAUGACUGCAAUCGCCGUGGACAGGUACAUGGCCAUUAUCCACCCACUGAAGCCUCGUCUGUCAGCCAAGGCCACCACCGGAGUCAUUGCCUCUAUCUGGAGUCUGGCCGUGGUUCUGGCCUUUCCCCUCUGCUACUUCUCCAGAAUUAGAGUUCUGCCUCGCCGGACCUUAUGCUAUGUUGCGUGGCCCCGCAUGGAAGCUGACCCUGUAAUGUACCACAUCAUAGUGACAGUCCUGGUCUAUGUGCUACCCUUGGUGGUGAUGGGCAUCACCUACUCCAUCGUGGGACUCACUCUAUGGGGAGGGGAGAUCCCUGGAGAUUCGUCAGACAACUAUCAUGGACAAUUGCGAGCUAAAAGAAAGGUAGUUAAGAUGAUGAUCAUUGUCUUGGUGACCUUUGCCUUCUGCUGGCUGCCCUAUCACAUCUACUUCAUUGUGACGGGCCUCAACAAGCAUCUGAGCAAGGCAAAGUCCAUACAGCAAGUUUACCUGUCAGUGUUGUGGCUGGCCAUGAGCUCCACCAUGUACAAUCCCAUUAUCUACUGCUGCCUGAACAGCCGGUUUCGUGCUGGCUUCAAGCGAGCUUUUUGCUGGUGCCCUUUCAUCAAGGUCUCCAGUUACGACGAGUUGGAACUUCGCUCGAGCCGGCAGCACCCGACCCGGCAGAGCAGCAUGUACACACUCUCCAGAAUGGACACUACCAUGGUUGUGGUUUACGACCCCGCUGAAGGGGAUGGCGGCAGCUGCGGAAGGAAGUGGUCCCUGUCCUCUAGGAAGAGAAGCUACAUCACGUCCCGCCACACACCUGCCUCUUGCAGCAUUGGAAGCAUAAAAACCCAAAAUGAAUCCUCAAGCUGAGCAUUUCCCUUGAGUGGUAUUUUUCCUGCUGUGCAUCAACAAUGACAUAAAGA